UUAGCGUGGCACAAGUUAAGUCCACUGCAGCAUUGUCUUGUUUAACUAAUGUCUAGAAUGUGGCAAGACAACGAAGUUAAAUUUGACAUUUCUCAUUCUAAUAUGCAAUUACGACCUGGUGAACUCACUGUUGACAAACUUGAUAUGAUAGAAGAUACAAAAGGCAAUGCCGGAGAUCUAGGAAGACUGAUUGUCACAAACUUAAGAAUCAUAUGGCAUUCCUUAGCCUUGCCACGAAUUAACUUAAGCAUAGGCUACAAUUCAUUUAUCACAGUGAAUACGAAAAUUCUUCAUACGGUCCAUGGGGUAUAUGUACAAGCUCUUUACAUACUGACUUCGUUUCGAAAUUGUCGAUAUGAAUUUAUAUUUACCAAUCAUGACACCAAAAGUACGAGACAUUAUACUUCAGUUAUAGGUGUUUACAGAGCUUAUGUGUCAUCAAAAGUCUACAGAGAAAUUAAACUGAGAAGUGGUAUUAUACGUGAAAAUCGAUUGGUUUUAUUACCUCAAGAAAAAGUGCACUCCUCCGUGCAGGAUGUUUGGAAUUUAUCUGUUGAACAGGUUUCUAUCGAAUGAUUUGUAUAUACACUAAUUCAGUUAUUAUAAUAUUUUAAUAUUAAAUAUUAAAAAAAUUUACAAGACAUGAAAAAUUGUACAUGGAUAAUUUUUGUUCAGAUUACUAUAAGGACAUCGAAAUUUGGACCAACUUUAGUAAUUUUAAGUACAGAAGCCAGCGGAGGAUAUGUCUUAGGUUUUCGCGUCAAUCCCUUACAACAGCUUCAUAUUACUCAUAAAGAAGUAUCAAUAUUUCGUUCAGAAUUUGAAAAAUUUCCUAUUUUUGGUGUGGAAUAUACGUUUGAACAUCAGGCACCUGCACAAGAGGACGUUAGUGUAGAACACUUCACUGAGAUACAAGAUAAUCAAGCUGAAAUAUCAAAUAUAUUUGGUUAUUAUUUCUCUGAGGGAGAAACAGGUCAAAGAAAGCCAAAUUUUUCAAUUCAUUUAGGAGUCGCGGCAGAAGAGCCAAGAGAAGGCAGCACGUUACAGAGUUUAUGGGAACUUGUACCAUCAUCCGUCAAUUAAAUUUCUAGCUUAAUUAUUUCAAAAAGUUUAAAUUUUCUACAUUAAUGUUAUAAAUAAUGAUAAAUUACAUGAUGCUUCCUUAUUAUCUUAUAGGGAAUAAAAGUAAAUCCAUUUUAUACAAAGAGAUAUAACAUGAUAUAUUAUUAACUACAUCUUAUAAGACUUGAAAUAUAAUUUUUGUUUAAGU